GGGGCGGAGGGCGCGGGAGCGCUUCCGGCGGCCGAACAAUGCGGUUCCGAGUCGCCGUCGCGGGCGCUGGCGGCAGCCGUCCGUAGCCGGGGGCAGCGGCAGCGGGUGCCGGCGGGGUGACGCGGCCCGGCGCUCCAGGUGUGCCAAAAUGUCAGAAAGAUCAGAUAUUCUUCACUUCAAGUUUGACAAUUACGGCGAUUCGAUGUUACAGAAAAUGAACAAACUGAGAGAAGAAAACAAAUUUUGUGAUGUUGUCGUCCAUAUAGAUGAUGUUGAAGUUCAUGGGCAUAAAAUUGUAUUUGCUGCUGGCUCUCCCUUUUUAAGAGAUCAGUUCUUAUUAAAUGACUCUAGAGAUGUAAAAAUCUCUAUCCUGCAAAGUUCGGAAGUAGGGAGGCAGUUGCUUUUAUCUUGUUACAGUGGAGUUCUGGAGUUUCCUGAAAUGGAGCUGGUAAACUACUUAACUGCUGCGAGCUUUCUGCAGAUGAGCCACAUUGUUGAACGAUGUACCCAGGCACUUUGGAAGUUCAUAAAACCGAAGCAGCCAUUGGAGAGCAAGGAGUGUGAACAGCAAAGUGACUCCUCUGAGCUGAAGGAACAUGGAGAAGAUGAAGACUCUCUGCCACAAGAUUCACCUUGUAUUCAACCUUCAGAAGACAGUAUGGACAUGGAGGAUAGUGAUAUUCAGAUUAUCAAGGUGGAGUCCAUUGGGGAGGUGACAGAAGUUAGAAAUAAGAAGGAUCAGAACCAGUUUAUUUCUUCUGAACAAACUGCAUUGCAUUCCUCUGAACCUCAACACUUUCUAAUCAACUCCACUGUUGAAAACAGAGCAAGUGAAAUAGAGCAAAACCACCUCCACAAUUAUGCCCUUUCAUAUGCUGGCAGUGAUAACAUCAUUCUGGCCUCUAAAGAUAUGUUUGGGUCUAACAACCGUGGUAUAGACAAAGGCCUCCAGUGGCACCAUCAGUGUCCAAAGUGCACAAGAGUAUUUCGGCAUCUAGAAAACUAUGCUAAUCACUUAAAGAUGCACAAACUAUUCAUGUGUCUCCUCUGUGGCAAGACAUUCACUCAGAAAGGCAAUCUCCACCGGCACAUGAGAGUGCAUGCAGGCAUCAAACCGUUCCAAUGUAAGAUCUGUGGGAAAACCUUCUCUCAGAAAUGUUCCUUACAGGACCAUCUCAACCUGCACAGUGGGGACAAGCCCCAUAAGUGUAACUACUGUGACAUGGUGUUUGCGCAUAAGCCCGUUCUGAGGAAACAUCUUAAACAGCUACAUGGUAAAAAUAGCUUUGACAAUGCCAAUGAAAGAAAUGUUCAAGACAUAACGGUGGACUUCGAUUCAUUCACAUGUAGUGCUGCUACAGACAGUAAGGUCUGUCAGCAGGCCGAUGGAAGCCAGGUACUGGAUGCAGGGAAGCUGCCUCAGGCUGUGCUCAGUUUAAGAAAUGAUAGUACCUGUGUCAAUUAAGCAAUUAAAAACAGCCCUUUGUAGGGAUCAUGACUCAGAGGAGCAAACAGUUGGCUUGGGCUCUUACCUAAACUAGUGGUAUGCUCUGAAAGGCUUCUGAUGGAGGGUUGGAUUGCAAAACCUGGCAGGUCUUCAGCCAUCGUUCUUAGUCUUACUUGAUAUUUUCUGUGAAUAACAAUCUUCCUUCAGGUUUCUGUCUGUGUCUCUACUGUGGAUUAAGGGGUUAAUUGUUUCAUUUCUCUCUGAUUAGGAGACUCAAGACUAACACCUUUUGAAAGACUGUUGCUGUGUGCUGCAAGUAAACCAUCUGCUGUACAUUUAGAGGCUUCUCUGUGUCUGGGCAGAUGGAGGAAAGAGCAAAGAGGACAAGUGUGUGAGAUAACCCAAUUGUUAUUUUAUAAAGCACUGGAUCACUGAAAGCACUCCAUAUAGUGCUAAUUUGUUUUAAACUUACCUCUUAACGUUAUUUUUGUCUGAUCUUACCCCUAGACCCCUACAGUUGAAAUGAAGUAUAUUUGUGUCACUUUUUUCCCUUUCUAAACUAUUUCAAGAAAUUUCUGCUGCCAGUUAACACUAUCUUAAAAGCUCUCAGGGUUUUUAAUGUUGGCAUGCAUUAUGAAGAGGUGAAGCCCUGAAUAAUUUGGCAGGGUUAGUUGAUCAUUGCAUAGAACUGUUCAAAAUGAGAUGGGUUGCAGCUCUGGAAUGCGUGAGCUCGGCACCUGGAGUGCCAGGUAUGACCUGUUUCAUAAGCUGUCAUACACAGAAAUAUUAAAGGGCACUUACCAUUGUAUGUACUGAUUCAAGGUAAGCACUUCAAAACUAGAAGUUGUCAUCUAUCUUCCAUAAAUUUUGUUUAAAUAAUCACAGCAGUUGCUACUUUCCUAAUUGGUUUUAGAGCAAAGCUGGAGUGAAAAAACACUGCUUUUUGACACUGUGAAAAGAAUCUGUUUUAAAAGCUGCAAUGUAUAGGAACUCCAUGCUUUUUUUUUCCCCCUUAACUCUUCUGUAUGUCUCCUUGAGAACUAAUAAGAGCCACGUCAGUUAAUAU